GGCCACAAUUAAGAGCCCAAACUAUUUGGAAAUGGAAUCAUCUUCUCUCUCCAAAAACCCCUGAUCCAAUCCGAUGCUGAUUCGCAGAGCAGCAGCGCUGAGCGCCGCCACAAUCCACCAUCUCCGGCGCUUCUCCACCGCCGCGCUCCUCCAGGAAAUUGACGCUCCUCCUAUCUUCACCUACCUGGAAGGAUUCCCCCGCCCCGACCCGAAAUACGACGAGACGAUCCACGCGAUCCCGCGCGACGCCUCCGGCAAGAGCAUCGCGGCCAAGGAGAGGAAGGCCGGCCGCGUUCCGAGCAUCGUAUUCGAGGCGGAGGAUGGCCAGCACGGCGGCAACAAGCGCAUCAUUUCAGUUCAGAGUAAUCAGGUUAAGAAGCUCGUGAAUCAUUUAGGGCAAUCCUUUUUCCUCUCCAGGCUCUUUGAUCUCGAGGUCCGCCCGGAGUUCGGUUCUUCUGAGGUCGUCGAGAAAGUACGGGUUCUGCCUCGUAAGAUCCAUCUUCAUCCGAGCACGGAUGCUGUGCUUAAUGUUACGUUCAUAAGAGCACCAUCAAGUGCAUGGUUGAAGGUUGAUGUUCCUCUAGUAUUUAGAGGAGAUGAUGUUUCCCCUGGGUUGAAAAAAGGAUCGUCUCUAAACAUUAUCAAGAGAACUGUUAAGUUUCUCUGUCCUGCAGAUAUAAUACCUCCUUUCAUAGACGUUGAUUUAAGUGAGCUCGAUGUAGGCCAGAAGAUCAUUUCUGGUAACCUUAACAUUCAUCCUGCUCUCAAGUUGCUAAGAUCGAAGGAUGAAGCUGUUGUCAAGAUAAUGGGCGCCAGGGUUUCUGACCAAAGGAAAUCCAAGUAGGUUAUGAGGUUCCAAAUUUUGUGUUGGUAGAAAAAUCUUUGAUUGGAGAGAAUCCAUUAAUUGUACAAGGCAACUCUGCUGAUUGAUCUUUCCAUUUUUGGGUUUUAGAAGAGUUGUUUUAGUUCAACUCUAUCUAGCAGCAAUGAUUAUCUAUCA